AUGUUGCGGAGCAUCUUCGCCAUAUGCCUAGCCAUCCAAUCGUUUGAUACGGCGAAAGCGAUAUCACUUGCGAAAAGAGAUGUUCCGGCUGUGGUGGCACUAGAUGUUGGGCGCAAUCAUGUAACAGAUCCCGCGGGCAGAGAUCUUAGAAGGAAAAGGAGUAUGACCCUCAGCCAAACACUUGACAAUGAGGAAACACUGUACUAUUGCAAUGUCACGUUAGGGACGCCCGCGCAGAGUUUACGUUUGACACUGGACACUGGCAGCAGCGAUCUGUGGUGUAAUACUGCCAAUUCCACCUACUGUACUAGCGAAGGAGACCCGUGCGACUCAUCUGGGACAUAUGAUCCCAGCUCUUCGUCAACCUACGAAUUCGUCUCGUCUGACUUUAACAUCACUUAUGUUGACGGUAGCGGUGCUACCGGAGAUUAUGUCAAAGAUAACUUAACCAUCGGCGGAACAACAAUUUCGUCCUUUCAGUUUGGAGUAGGAUUUACGUCGUCGUCAAGUGCGGGUGUUCUUGGAAUCGGUUAUACUGCGGACGAAGUUCAAGUCAAUUAUGCUGAACAAACACCCUAUGCGAACCUUCCAGAAGCGCUGGUCAAUAAUGGUGUCAUCAACUCAGUCGCUUAUAGCUUGUGGCUCAAUGAUCUGGACUCGAAUACUGGCUCCAUCCUCUUUGGAGGGGUUGACUCUGGAAAAUACACUGGCACUCUCGAGACAUUGCCUAUUCAGACCAUCUACGGCGAAUAUGCGGAAUUUCUCAUUAUUUUAACUGAAAUUACGUUAAGUAACAGUACCACCACCGCGUCCUACAGUUCCGGUUCGCUUCCAGCGGCAGUUCUGCUGGAUUCUGGAAGCAGUCUAACCUACCUUCCGGACUAUAUUGUUGAGGGUCUCUACAAUGAUCUUGGAGUGGUAUAUGAAGAAUCGACAGAAGCGGGGUACAUACCUUGCAGUAUGAUGAACAAGGAUAUCAACAUCACAUACACAUUUUCAAGCCCCGCGAUCCCGGUCAGCAUUAGUGAGUUGGUUCUCGAAGACGGAACCGGUCUGACAUUCGACGACGGCACCGCUGCAUGUGUCUUCGGCAUUGCACCAGCCGGUGAUUCAACCCCCAUCCUUGGAGACACGUUUCUCCGAAGCGCAUACGUCGUGUACGACUUGACGAAUAAUGAAAUAUCCUUAGCACCAACAAAAUUCAACUCCGAUGAGACGAAUGUCCUCGAGAUCACGAACGGCACCGCGGGUGUGCCUGGGGCUACUGCUGUUUCCAACCCUGUCACUACCGUCGCCACCGGCCAGGGAGUGGGUUGGACGGUAACAACAGCGACGAAGGCCGCGAGUGUUUCCAGCAAGGGCGCGGCAAAUAGUAUGGCAACCAGCCUACCUAAUCAUCUAGCUCUUGGUGCUGCAGGGGCAGGUAUCCUGCUGGCACUGUAG